AUGGGGGACUUUGCCUCCCCCGCUGUCGGACCCAACGGCAGUAUCUGCAUCAACAACAGCAUGAACCCGGCCAGCGGCAGCGGAGCGGUGGGCAUCCCUAAACACAGCACGGUGGUGGCGAGGCUGAGGCAGCGUAUAGAGGACUGCCGGAGACACCACACCAUAUGCGAGAGCAGGUACCAGCAGGCGCACUCAGAGCACCUGGAGCUGGACAGGAGGGACACUGCCCACCUGUACCAGAGGAGCCUGGAGUCCAGGACCAAGAAGUCUGGCGGCGGUGGAGGCAGCAAGCAGCCGCAGAGCAAACAGCAGCAGCAUCAGGACGCGGACUCUGCGUCCGGCACGGAGCUGAGGAACAGCACCCUGACUGCGCUACAGGAAACUGUAAAAAGGAAACUGGACAGCGCACGAUCACCCCUGAACGGGGACCAGAACGGCAUCUGUGACGGCGGUAGCUACUCCCCAACAAGCAAACGGGUUAUAAAGGAGCCCCCCGGGGGUUUUGACUCUCUGACAGGCCUCCCUAAGAACAAUAAUAAUAACGUGCCACCAAUUUCUCCUCUGCAUAAUCAACUGGACAUUAAACCUUUACUCAGUGGACCCAACACGUCUACCGGCAACACUACAAAUGGGAAUGGCACCCAUGCAGCCAGAGCCUCCGACGAUUUGGGGAAGAACGGUGGCAGCCAUCUUCCGGACAUGAAGCUGAACAGCUCCCUGGACUUGGAGGAUAGCUUUGGUCUCCUUAAAGACCUGAAACAGGAACCGCUAGACGACGGCGGAGGGAUGGAGUCCAGUGAACCCCAGUCCCUGUCCAACCAGAACAAACUGUUCUCUGACAUCAACCUCAACGACCAGGAGUGGCAGGAGCUGAUUGACGAGCUGGCUAACACUGUGCCAGAGGAUGACAUGCACGACCUCUUCAACGAGGACUUCGAGGAAAAGAAAGAGGCAGAGUUCAGCAGGUCGGCAAACAGCCAGAACGAAGCCUCACAGGAAGCAGCUGGGAGCACAACGCCUGGGGUUGGGUCGACGUCGACGGCGUCCUUACCUCCUCCUCCACAGGGGGUCCCACAGGUUCCUAUUGGUUCACCACAGGUGCGACCGUCAUCAUCUGGCCCCCAGUUUGCGACCACUGCCAAUGGGACCCCUCCUCAACAACCGCUGCAACAGUCUCCGGCUGUUGCUAUGCCAUCAGGUUCACCCUUGCACAACUGUGUAGCUCGCUCCCCUCAGACUCCAACCCAGGCUCAGACUCAAGCAGUCUCCAGGCCUGGGAACGGAUACAUGAUGAACCCAGGCCCGGUUAAUCAGACGGGGUCAGGGGGUGGCACACCCGGGACUGGCCCUGGAGGUCAGCCUGUGGGUCCAGUUACUCCUGAACUUUCUCCAGCAGAGCAGCUAAAAGCAAUGGCCCAGCAGCAUCAUCACGCUAAGAUGAUGCAGCAAAACCAAGCAGCUAGCUGGUCGCCUGGGGGUGCACCUACCAGUCCCUACAAUUCUGGUCCCUUUAAUCAAGACAAGCCCAACAGCCCCAUGAUGUACCCACCACAAGCCUUUAACACACCAAAGGGCCCUCUGGUGGCUGGGAUGGCCCCUAACAAUGGGCCCAAAGCCCCCAUGAACAACUACCUCCCUCACAACCCCAUGGGCAUGAUGGGACAGCAGCAGCCCAACAGCAUAAACCAGAAUGCUCUGUCCAAACAGUCACAACAACAGCAGCAGCAAACGGCCGCCAUGUUGUCAUAUAGUAACACAAAACCGCUGAGUCACUUCAGCGGCAGCGGGGUGGACCACAUGGGUCAGAGGAUGACUCCGCCCAUGGCCGGGAACAGUCAGGUGAAGAACCCCAUGAUGCCGUCCUACAUGGGAGGCGCCGGAGGUGGUGGGCAGGGGCCCGGGCAGACGCAGGGCCCCAUCCCCGGACAGACGGCCCACCUGGGGGAGGAGCACAAGAGGCUGCUGAUGAUGAAGCAGAAGGUGUUGAACCAGAACAUGCCCUACAGCAACAUGCAGGCCCAUGGACAGGAGCAAGGUGUGGUGGGAAUGUCUCGACCACCUGGCGCAAUCCCCCCUCCUCACCCUCCUGGAGGCGUCGCCUCUGGUGUUGGCCCCAGCCAGGGGUCAGGUCCACCUCCGGGCUACGCGAGCAACCACCAGCAGGCGACCAUGAGGAAGCAGAUGAUGGCAAUGGAGCAUGAGAAGAGGGCGCAGAUCCACAUGAUGGAGCAGCAGAAGAUCCUCCGGGAACAGCGGAUUCUGGCCGAACAGCUCCAGCAGCAGCAGCAUCUCCCUAGACAGAUGGGCCAGGGCCAGAGGAAUCCAUAUCCCCAAGUCAGUCAGUACCAAGGUCCUCCUCAAGACCUGGCAUCCAGGAGCCAGUCACUCCAAAACAUGCGGAACCCUCGUCUCCUACAGCAGCAGCACGGCCAGCCUCAGAUGGUCCAAAUGAACACUGUUCAGGGUCAAGGAGGACCUGUGGGACCUCAAACUGACAUGGGACUACCCUAUGGCACCCAGGGGUCCAAUCAGGGUGCCCUGUAUGGCCUCAAUCCUACAAUGAGCCAAAUGAUCCACCAGCAGCAGCACCAGAACCAAAGCGUCCAAGCCUCCAUGGGUCUUCCACCACAGCACAACCCUGCUGGAGGACCUCCCCGGCAGGCAGGGGCAGGUCCUGGACUCGGAGGUAUUCCUGGGGGCCCCGGGACUAGUGGAGCUGGAGGGUACGCAAGCCAAGGGAUGAUGAUGAACUCCAUUGGCCAGCAGCCACUCAAAGGCCCUGCCAAGGUUCAGUCUCAGAGACUUCAAAGCAUGCUGGGAGGUGGAGGAGGUGGAGCAGGGAUGGGGGCUGGCGGCUGGCCGCAGCAGCAAGGACAAGGCCUGCAGGCCAUGGGGGGAGGAGUAGGAAGGACUACAGGAGGAGCUGGAGGAGAUAUGGUGGGCUUCAGCUCCUCCCAAGGUUAUGGUAUGCAGCCAGGUCAGCCACCACGGAUGACCAAACAACAUUUUCCAGGUGCCGGACAGGCUGGCCAGGGGAUGGACCCCAGGGUGGGCAACCCAGCUGCAAGUAUGGGUGGCCCAAUGAUGGGCCCUCACAUAGGGAAUCAGCCAAGGACCAAUCAGCCCCGACCCAUGGUCAUGAACCAGGGCAUGAACCAAGGAAUGAUGGCUCAGGGGAUGUCUGGAAUGGGGGCUUUUGGGCCGGGUCCAGGAGGCCCAGGCAUAGGGGGAGGAGGAGGUGGACCCUACGGACCAGGGGGCGUUUCAGUUGGUGGUCAGCCACAGGGCUACCAAAGGACAGCCAAUCAGGACAUGUCAUCCUAUGGGUACGGGGGUGGGCCUUCAGGAGGAGGAGCCUUUGGCCUGGGUGAUGGAUCGGGGGCAGAGCUGGACUCAGGUGAUGGGUGGAUGGACGAGCUUUUCCAGAACCAAUAGCCAAUGGGGAAGGUUGUUUGAAAGAACUGAUCAAUUGGACAAAACCUGAGAAAGUCCAUCAUCAAGGAUGACACCACAUUGACUGGCAUGUUUUGUUUUGUAAAACAUGAGAAAGAUUAUAAAUAAGUUCUGGUAUUCUUAUGUUUCCUGUGUGUUUGGGUGUGUGUAUGUGUGUGAAAUGGAAGGAGCUCUCACAUGUCUUGUGCAUAUUAUUGAGAAAACAAUAUUUAGAAGGUGUGUUUUUAUUUCUUUCUCCCCCUGGAGUCAAUCUUCCUUAUGUUCCAGUGUUUCAAAGCGAUUCCCGUUUACAUCACAGAGCUCUGAGCACAAGCUCGUUCCAAACUGUAGAAUGAUGAGAAGGAAGGAAAUAUCGUCAAGGCGACAAUUUGUGUGUGUUUAUGCGCCACCUAGCUCAGUGCUUUUGAUCUUUCAACUCUCUGCUCUCAUUGCCUCCAUAUAUAUAUACAUACUCACAUCUGAGCCUGUUUUCCCCGACUUUCUCUCCGGGGACUCAUCUGUUGCUCUCAGCACUUCUUUAUCUGUUUAAAUGUGCAAAACACAACAGAUGAUGUUCCACUAUUGUGCAAAAACUUAAAUCUUCUGGCCCAUUAUGCUUUUUGCUAGGUCACCCACCCAUAUAUUUUUCCCUUUACGGGGCAGGGGGGUUUCAUUUCUUGCGCUGUGUGAUGGUUUCAGAGUGAAGAAAAGACAAAGGCAGGGGACACAGCAGUAAGAGAGUGGGACAGGACCGACGGGUACAGCACAGCAAACAAACGGCUAACGACAGGAACAGGUCUGUGGGAGACGAGCCCCCACCUCAUACGUAAGCUGUAAAGAUUGCUGGGCACUGAAUGUACUCAAACACCACAAGUGACUUCCUUGUUUUAAGGGGAAUUCGUAGAGAAGCCCACCUACAGUGCCUUGCAAAACUUCUUCAGCUGUUUCACUUUUUGUCAUUUUACAGCCGCUAACCUCGAUUUGCUUUGGGGGAUUGUUAUAUAUCUAAUCAACA